UCCAAAGUUGUUACAAAAAAGAUUAAAACAUUUGAAGAUUAUUUUGAGGAAUGUAUAAGAAAUAGAAAAAUUCCAAAAGAUACUCCUUCUUAUUUACGAAAAGCUCUUGAAAGAGCUAUAAGAGAAUAUGAACAAGGAAUUGAAAUUGAGAAAUCAUCUUUAAAUGGAUUUGCUCAAAAAUAUAUUAUUAAGGGUUCUCCACGUGUUUUACCUAAUCAGUUUUUUAUGGAUAAAAAACCUAUUAUUAAUGAAUUUCUUAAAAAUCAUAGAAAUACUAAAGUAAGAUUUGUUUUAGAGGUUAUUAUGGAAAAACAAGAAAAAGAUAGUAAUAAAACAAUUGAAAUUCAAGAUCAUUCAUAUUUUCAUUCUGAUACAUAUACUAAUUUAGUUUCAACUAAUGUAAAAAAUAUAAUUAGUGAAAGCAAAUCAAAAAUUUUAGAAGGUAUAACUAUAUACCAAAAUAAUGGUAGUGAUUGGUAUUUUAAAGAAAUUUACCAGUUAGAAAUUCAUACAAAUGAAUUUAAACCAAUGAGAGGUUCUUCUUAUAUUCCUCUUCCAGAUUGGAUUAUGAGAAAAAAAGCAAUUGUUAAUAUUCGAAAUAAAGAUGAUAAAUGUUUUCUUUGGUCAGUACUUCGAUAUCUUCAUCCAAGAGAAAAAAAUGAUAGUCGAUUGUCAGAUUUAAAAAAAUAUGAAUUUUCACUUAACACUAAAGGAAUUACUUUUCCAAUGAAAUUAAAAGAUAUUACCAAAUUUGAGAAUCUUAAUCCAGAUAUUCCAGGAAUAAAUGUUUUUUCAAAUGAUGGUAAUACUAUCUAUCCUUUGAGGGAAGUAAAGAAAGAUUGUAAAAAAACUAUUGAUUUAUUUUUGUAUGAAGAAGAUGGUAAAACUCAUUAUUCACUAAUUAAAAAUUUUUCAAGACUUAUACGUAGUCAAAUUACUACAAGAACAGAUGAACCAAUACAAAUUUGUAAGAGAUGUUUUUCUCAUUUUACAAAACCGGAACUAUUAGAUAAACAUAUUCAAUAUUGUUAUAGUAAUAAUACAUCAUUUGUAAAAAUGCCAAAAUCAGGAUCGAAUUUACAUUUUAAAAAUUAUUAUAAACAACUUCCUAUUCCUUUUACUGUCUAUGCAGAUUUUGAAUGUAUUACUAAAACAAUGAGUAGUUGCUGUCCUAAUCCUGAAGAUUCUUAUAAUUACAAUUAUCAAAAACACGAACCAUCAGGAUUUUGUUUUUAUGCAAAAGGAAUUGCUGGUAAAAAAAUUAAACCAAUUAUUUAUACCAAAUCUUCUGAGGAUGAAGAUGUAGCAAAAAUAUUUGUAGAAAAACUUACCGAUUUAACAAAAGGAAUAUAUGAAGAUUUUUAUUGCAAACCAAAAAAAUUAGUAAUGACACCAAAAACACAAGAAGAAUUUAAUAACGCAGUUAAUUGUUAUAUUUGCGGAUAUAAAUUAAAUAAAGAUAGAGUUAGAGAUCAUUGUCAUUUUACAGGUGAGUAUCGUGGAGCCGCGCAUAACAAAUGUAAUCUUAUGUGUAAAAAACCCAGAAUAUUACCAGUUAUAUUUCAUAAUCUUCAGGGUUAUGAUGCACAUCUAUUUAUUAAACAACUUGCUAACACCAGUCGAUUAUGCGGACUUUAGAGGAAUCAACGUUACUCCAGUUAUUGCCAGAACGUUUGAAAGAAUAGUGUAUAACAUUUUUAACAAGAGGUGCCUGGAGGAAUAUCUGAAUAAUUCCCAAUUUGCUUACCGCUCAGGUGGAAGUUGUGUAAACGCUCUGUUGAAAAUGCAACAUACAUUUCUUGCGGCACUGGAUAAACGGGACACCGUGGCGGUCAGAAUGUUUACGAUGGAUUUCUCUAAAGCCUUUGAUAACGUUAAACACAAUCUUCUAGUUGAAAAGCUGAAACAUAGUCCACUUGAUUCAUUCAUUGUUAACUGGUAUGCCAACUUUCUCGAAGGUAGAAAACAAAGGGUGAUUUUUAAUAAUUUGACAUGCCAGUGGAAAAUUGUUAACAAGGGAACAACACAGGGAAGUGUCAGUGGCCCAUAUCUUUUCAACAUAUUUUUUUGAAUGACCUAGAGAUAGAUGGAUACAAAGAUAUAUCCUUGUUUAAAUAUGCAGACGAUUCAACCGUCUUAGUCACGAUUACUAAAGAUUCCCCGGAUAUAUCUGAUAUUGCCUUGUCCAAGUUUAUGGAUUGGACUGUUGCAAAUGACAUGCAUUGUAACACUAGUAAAUGUAAGGAGCUAAUUAUGCGUAAGAGAGGCAAUUCAACAGUCUACCCAAUGUCUCACAAUAUCAAACAAUAUAAUAACAUUUCUUUAUUAGGCGUCACAAUUCAAGGUAAUAGUAAGUUUGGCUUGCAUGUCAAGGCCAAGCUCCAUGAAGCCAACAAGUGUUUAUUUGUCAUCAGAAGCCUACGCAAAGAAGGAUAUACACAAGAUGAAAUAGACCACCUCUUUAAUUCAAUUGUGAUCCCUAAGUUAUUAUACGGUCUUUCAGUUUAUGCUGCGAGUGUUUCCGAACUUACCGUUAUACAAAGGUUUUUAAAAAGAUGUUAUAAGAGGCGUUAUACGUCGGUCAAUUACAACAUAUAUGAACUUUUGGAGAAAAGCGACAGACGCCUUUUUUAUAACCUCAAACGCGAUGACCAUCCACUAAAAAGCUUGCUCCCAAGGUACAAAGACUGUAUUGUAAACCUUCGAAGGAUAUCCGUUGUCAGGCCCAGCAUUAACACUGAACGUUUCAAAGAUAGCUUUUUUAAUAGAUUAAUUUUUAAAUAUAAUCUAGCUGUGUAAAUAUCCCAUAUGUAUUUUUAAUCAAUUUAAUCUUUUUUAUUCAUCUUGCCAUUGUAAUUUUUUCUAUCGAUAUAUAUUUUUAAUGUAACAUCAGAUAUGUAAUUUUAUCGGAUGCUUUUAAUAAAGACGUUAUUAUUAAAGACGUUAUUAAAUUAGAUGGAAAAUUAGAUUGUAUUCCAUCUACUGAAGAAAGUUAUAUUUCAUUUUCUAAACAUAUCAAAGUUGGAGAAUAUAAACAUAUAAAUGGUGAUAUUAUCCCAAUAACUUUUGAAAUAAGAUUUUUAGAUUCAUAUAAGUUUCUUCAAUCAUCACUUGGUAAUCUUGUAUCAAAUUUGUCAUUAGAUGAUUUUCAUAAUACCAAAAGUGAAUUUAAGAAAAAUAUAUCACUAUUAACUAGAAAAGGAGUUUAUCCUUAUGAUUACGUUUCAUCACUUGAUAAAUUAUUAGAAACACAAUUACCACCAAAAGAAGAAUUUUAUUCAAAACUUAAUGAUGAAGAUAUUACAGAUGAAGAUUAUCAACAUGCAAUAAAAGUGUGGAAUGCAUUUGGAUGUAAAACAUUAAAAGACUAUCACGAUCUUUAUUUAAAAUCUGAUGUUAUGCUUUUGGCAGAUGUAUUUGAAAAAUUUAGAUCAACUUGUCUUAAACAUUACAAGCUAGAUCCAGCUCAUUACUACACAUCUCCAGGUCUGGCUUGGGAUGCAUGUUUAAAAAUAACAGGACAAAAUCUAGAUUUAUUAAGUGAUUAUGAUAUGUUAAUGAUGUUUGAACGUGGUAUUCGGGGUGGGAUUACACAUAUUUCAAAAAGAUAUUCAGAAGCAAAUAAUAAAUAUAUGAAAAGUUACGAUUCAAAAAAGAAAUCAAAGUUUAUUCAAUAUUUAGAUGCAAACAAUCUUUAUGGAUGGGCUAUGAGUCAAAAUCUUCCAACUCAUGGAUUUAAAUGGAUGAAAGAUAUAACAGUGGAAAAGGUAAAUGAAAUUUUAGAUAAAAUAAAUUUUAGCAUGUCAAAUACUGGUAAGAAGGGUUAUAUAUUUGAAGUUGAUUUAGAAUAUCCUGAACACUUAUGGGAUGAACAUAAUGACUAUCCUUUAGCACCUGAGUUAAUGAAAGUUAAUGGUGUUGAAAAACUAAUAUGUCAUUUCAAAACCAGAAAAAAUUAUGUUAUACAUUAUCGAACUCUUAGACAAUGUCUUGAGUUGGGUAUGAAAAUUACUUCUGUACAUAGAGGAAUAUCAUUCUAUCAAUCUACUUGGAUGGAACCAUAUAUUAGAAAAAAUACUGAACUUAGAAAGGCAGCAACCAACAGUUUUGAAAAAGACUUUUUUAAAUUGAUGAAUAACUCAGUUUUUGGUAAAACAAUAGAAAAUAUAAGGAAAAGACAAAAUGUACAUCUUGUUGAUAAUCGUAAGAAAGCUAUCAAAUUAUCAAGUCGUCCAAAUUUUGAUAGAUGUACAAUAUUUGAUGAAAAUCUUAUUGCAAUUCAUAUGAAAAAAACUGAAGUUUAUUUUAAUAAACCAGUAUAUGUUGGUCAAGUAAUUCUAGAUUUAUCAAAAACUUUAAUGUUUGAUUUUCAUUAUAACUACAUAAAAAAUAAAUAUGGAAAAAAAGCUCAGUUAUUGUUUACAGAUACAGACAGUUUAAUGUAUGAAAUUAAAACAAAAGAUUUUUACAAAGAUAUAUAUGAUGAUGUAAAAAAUAAAUUUGAUACAAGUGAUUAUUCAGCAGAUCAUCCUUCUGGAAUAACAACAGGAGUUAAUAAAAAAGUAAUAGGCAUGUUUAAGGAUGAAGUAGCUGGAAAACAGAUAACACAUUUUGUUAGAUUGAGACCAAAACUUUAUAGUUUUAAAAUUGAGGAUGAAAAAGAAUUAAAAAAGUGUAAAGGAAUAAAGAAAAAUGUUAUAAAAAAGGAAUUAGAUUUUGAUGCUUAUGUUAAUUGUUUGUUUACAGGUGAAAAAGAAAUGAGAACUAUGAAAAUUAUAAAAAGUGAAAAACAUGAUAUAUAUUCUAAAGAGGUUAAUAAAGUAGCUCUAAGUAAUCAAGAUGAUAAAAGAAAAGUACUUAAGAAUAAAAUUCAUACUUUAGCAUUAAGAUAA